CAAACCACAGCAACAAAUAAAAAGCUGUCAGUGCAUGGGAAUCCGGACUCCUCGCCCCUUCUUUUGUGCGUCUCGGGCGGUGGAUACGCCGCCUUGGCUGGCGUAUAAGAGCUCCCCGCGUCUCCAUUACCAUUCCCCACUACUGGCUUACCUCUACUCCUCCUCCUCCUCCUCUUCUUACUCCUUCUACUGCUACUAUUACUGGUAGAGCCAUAGUGCAGCUUUUACUACUGACUCCGGAUUGUUGGACACUCUCUGGAUAAAAAGGCUCUUCAUUGAUCGUCUCCCCGCAGAACUGGUCUGGACGCCAACAUGGGCCGCUGGGAUCACUCCUCCCUCCUGUCCCCUGGCCUGAGGCUAGCAGUCGUCACGGUGUUUCUCCUCCUCAAGCUCCAUCCGUCACUGGCCGGCGCUCCCCCUGAGCAGAGCCUGGGUGGCUCCGUUUCGGCUGUGUCCACAAAUAAAACUGAAUGCAGCAAGGCGGAGGCAUGCGCGAAGGGGGUGAUCUUACCUAUUUGGGAGCCCCAAAACCCGUCAUUUGGCGACAAGGUUGCCCGGGCAACAGUUUACUUUGUGGCUCUGGUCUACAUGUUCCUGGGGGUGUCAAUCAUCGCAGACCGAUUCAUGGCAUCAAUAGAGGUCAUCACAUCACAGGAAAAGGAGAUCACCAUCAAGAAACCCAACGGGGAAACCACCACCACCACUGUCCGGAUCUGGAACGAGACCGUCUCCAACCUCACCCUCAUGGCUCUGGGCUCUUCAGCUCCCGAGAUCCUGCUGUCCGUCAUAGAAGUCGUAGGUCACGGGUUCCACGCUGGCGCGCUGGGCCCCUCCACCAUCGUGGGCUCUGCGGCGUUCAACAUGUUUGUCAUCAUUGGGCUCUGUGUCUACGUCGUGCCGGACGGCGAGACGAGGAAGGUCAAGCACCUCCGCGUCUUCUUCGUCACGGCCACCUGGAGUAUCUUCGCCUACAUUUGGCUCUACCUGAUCCUGUCCGUGAUCUCGCCUGGCGUCGUGCAGGUGUGGGAGGGCUUGCUCACGUUCCUCUUCUUCCCCAUCUGCGUGGUGUUCGCCUGGGUGGCUGACCGCCGCCUGCUGUUCUACAAGUACGUGUACAAGCGCUACCGCACUGGCAAGCAGCGUGGCAUGAUCAUCGAGACCGAGGGAGACCGUCCGCUUCCUUCCAAGGUGGACAUUGAGAUGGAUGGGAAGAUGCUGAACUCUCAUGGUGUUGACUUUCUGGAUGGUCCGCUGGGUUUGGAUCUAGAUGAGAAGGAUCUGGAUGAGGAGGAGACCCGGAGAGACAUGGCCAAGAUCCUGAAGGAGCUCAAACAGAAACACCCUGACAAGGAGGUGGAACAACUCAUUGAGCUUGCCAACUACCAAGUCCUGAGCCAGCAGCAGAAGAGCCGCGCUUUCUAUCGAUGCCAGGCCACCCGGCUGAUGACAGGCGCUGGCAACAUCCUGAAGAAACACGCAGCCGAUCAGGCACGAAAGGCCGUCAGCAUGCACGAGGUUCGCUCUGAUGCUGGCGAUAACGACCCCAUCUCUAAGAUCUUUUUUGAGCCUGGUUCUUACCAGUGCCUCGAGAACUGCGGCACAGUGGCGGUGAACGUGGUGCGACGUGGCGGCGAUGUGGGCAAAACGAUUUCUGUGGAGUACCGGACGGAAGACGGCACGGCCAACGCCGGCUCGGACUACGAGUUCACAGAGGGCGUGGUGGUCUUCAAGGCUGGUGAGACCAUGAAGGAGAUCCGUGUGGGGAUCAUCGACGAUGACAUCUUCGAAGAGGAUGAAAACUUCCUGAUUCACCUUUCCAGUGUCAAGGUGCUGACAUCAGAAGGCGAGGAGCCCGAGGAAGGCGAGUCGGCGAACCACGUGGACUCAGUGGCGUGUCUCGGCUUACCCUCCACGGCGACCGUUACCAUCUUUGAUGACGACCACGCUGGUAUCUUUACGUUUGAGGACCCUGUAUGCCACGUGAGCGAGAGCGUUGGUACCAUGGAGGUGAAGGUGCUGAGAACAUCGGGGGCCCGCGGCGUGGUCAUGCUGCCGUACAAGACGGUGGAGGGAACGGCGCGAGGUGGCGGAGAGGACUUUGAAGACACGCACGGCAUCCUGGAAUUUCAGAACGACGAAAUCUUGAAGAGCAUAACCAUUAGGAUCUUAGACCGGGAGGAGUACAAUAAGCAGUCCUCCUUCUACAUUCUGCUUGAAACCCCCCAAUGGAGACGCAGCGGGAAGGAGCAGACAGAGGAACAGCAGAAGGAAGAGGAGGAGGAAGAAGAGCCGCUGGCAGGGAAAGACGAAGAGGAGCGGCGCAUUGCUGAGAUGGGCCGUCCCAUGCUGGGAGACCACGUCAAACUGGAGAUCAUCAUAGAGGAAUCGUACGAGUUCAAGAACACUGUGGACAAGCUGAUCAAGAAGACCAACCUGGCUCUGCUGGUGGGAACCAACAGCUGGAGAGACCAGUUCAUAGAAGCCAUCACUGUGAGCGCAGGCGAGGAUGACGACGACGAGGAGUGCGGGGAGGAGAAGCUGCCGUCGUGUUUCGACUACGUCAUGCACUUCCUCACCGUCUUCUGGAAGGUCCUGUUCGCCUUCGUCCCGCCCACAGAGUACUGGAACGGCUGGGCCUGCUUCGUGGUCUCCAUCUGUAUGAUCGGCCUGCUCACCGCCGUCAUUGGGGACCUGGCCUCUCAUUUUGGCUGCACAGUGGGCCUGAAGGACUCGGUCACAGCGGUGGUGUUCGUUGCAUUGGGAACCUCUGUACCAGAUACCUUUGCCAGCAAGGUAGCUGCUAUCCAGGAUCAGUAUGCAGACGCAUCCAUCGGUAAUGUGACAGGCUCCAACGCUGUCAAUGUUUUCCUGGGCAUCGGGGUGGCGUGGUCCAUUGCUGCCAUUUACCACAGCAGCAAUGGGAAUGAGUUCAAGGUGGAUCCGGGCACGCUGGCCUUCUCCGUCACGCUCUUCACCAUCUUUGCCUUUAUCAGCGUCGCCACGCUGAUGUACCGACGGCGGCCAGAGAUCGGCGGAGAGCUGGGCGGGCCCCGGACUUCGAAGGUCCUGACCACCAUGAUGUUCAUCAGCCUGUGGCUCCUCUACAUCCUCUUCUCCUCGCUGGAGGCCUACUGCCACAUCCAGGGCUUCUAAGAUAACGGGAGAUGAUGAAGGGAAGGGUGAAGGAGAACAUGGAGGAAGAAGCCAAUGGGAGGUGGAUGGAUUUGGAAACUAAGGCCGUCUCGUUGAUCUAUCACUCCUUCCCUUUACGCAAUAGACUGAUUGACGAACGAAUGGAUGGAUGUACAGAUGAAGGAAUGAAGGACGCAUUGAAGCAUCUAAAAACACAAUGGGAAGGAAGUACGGAUGCAUGGAAGGAACAACGACAAACAGGAAAAUCACAGGAGCUCGAGAAAUAGCUCAGAAGAUGGAAAGAUGGCAGAAAAAGGAAUAAAGUGAGGAAUACAUUUUUUAUCUCGACCUAUAAAUCCUAACCAAUUAAGUUGUCUCAAACCCACCCUCCGUUUCAAAGUCAUAAACCUAAUCCCAAAUGUGUCCCAGCUGGUUCAAACACACAGAAAUCCAAUGAGUUUCAACAAGAUGAGGAGCGAAAGGUUAAAACAGACAUACAGACACCAUCACAGCUCCUACAGUAGGAUACAGCGAUCCCAUUAAUCCCCUUCCGGUUGGAGCAGUGCUACUCCCGCAUCCAGCGACAGCAACAGGCAUGAGUUGGGCAGAAGAACUCUAUCAGUAUGCAAAUGCAUGGCCAGACGAUACUGAAAACACAAUCAGAGGAAAGCGGAUAUAUAUUGCCACAACGGCAACAAACAGCGCGUGUGCUGGUGUGUGACUGUGUGUUUCUGUGCUUGUGUGCUGUGGGAAGAUGGUCGAGUACUGUGAAAAAAAAAACACAACAAAAAAACGCCUCUCGUUUCGCUUUCGCCGCGUGAGACGGAACAUGCUUUUGUACACGAGGUCUUUUUGUCUCCCAGCCUGUAGAAAAGCUGAGUAAGACUCUCUGUGGGAGGGCGCGUUCAGCGGAGCGAAGUGUUCUGAACGUCGCUGAGGUUAGAAAUGUAAAUAAGAAGAGCUGAACGUAACACUGCAGCUCCACUGUUUUCCCUCUGAAUGUCUUGGUUAUGCCAUGCGCUCUGAUCGGGCCCUCUCUCUGUCGCUUUAUACUGUAGAUGUAAAUGAUUUAAGGUCUAAUUUGAAUCAAGAAGGGGUUAGUGUGCUCUUACCUUUAAUAAGGCCGCGUCUGAGAAGACAAAACGGCCACUCUACCGUUUAAAACUGUUAGAGAAACAAUUAUCAUUGCAUAAAUAUUUAGGUUAA